UUUCAGUCGAAGAUCUGCCAACAAUGGACAGAGAGGAUACAAAGACGGAGGAGCAACGACCCGUACCGUGGUUCAAGGCAUUGAUCACGUUUUGUGAGGAGCUGGGGUUGCAGGAGACGUUGGCUGGACUGGAGCUGGACCUGACGCUCUUCUCUCCGGCUCAAGAGGAACUCGUUGCGGGAAAGGUAUUGGACCUAUCGGAGCAGCUUAUGCUGUCUAAUACAGAGGGUUCUGGGCACGCUCUUGAAGCUCUCGAAGAAGAGGCUGUCAAUGCAGUUGCGAAAGCAAAGAAAGACAUGAAAGCUCUCAUCCGAGAAAAACGAGAACGAAUCGACGAAAGUAACCAGAACGAAUACCUCCGUAAACGAAAAGCCGUCGCCGAUCCCACCAACGAAGACGAAUCCGCCGCCCGCACCUCCGCAAUCCAAAUCGAUCGCUCCAUCCAAAUGCAAUACGAUCUCAUCCGCUACGCCAGCGGCCCUCUCGAACGUAGUACCUUCAUCGGCUCCGGUACAACAAUCCGACACGAUGCAAAAGCCGCAAUUCUCCCUCAAACACCCAAAGCCUACCUCGAAUCUGCCCAUAACGAGCGUAUCACAAAUAUCGAACAACACCUCAACAUAACCUACGCUCCGCGUCCGCCCGCAACGCUGGAGGGCCGGAUAGGAGCUGUGGAGAAGCAUAUCUUGAGGCUGGAGAGGGAUCAUCCCCCGUGGGCUGCGUUGCAUUUUCGGCAGCCGGGACGGGAGGACAAGGAAUGUGAGGCGACGGUUGUGAAGGUUAGGUUUGAGGAUGCGGUUAGUAGGGAGGAGGUUAGGAAGCAGAAGAAGAAGGGUGGGGUUAAGAAGGAGAAGAGUUCGGGUCUGGGGUUGAGGAAGACGUGGGAGUGAGACGCACACGGCAAUGGUGAACCGGGAUUCUGUUCACGUGUAUGCACAUGAGAGGUGUAUAUGCUACGAAGUUCCGUCUACGUCUUCAGCGUCCGAGGACACAUAUUCGGCCCGGCCCCUGCCGCCGUUAUGAUGUCAGGAAGGAAGCU